AUGCAAGCAGCCGUUGGACAGACGUAUCAGUUCUCGAAAGAAAUGGCAUGCCGUGGCGCUGCACUGACUUAUGAGACGGCUGCUCGUGGAAAAGAACUCGCAGAACUUGGAGCAGCGGUUGGCACACAAAUCACAUACGACGCGGCAGUACGUGGUAGGGAAUUAGCAUGCCGUGGUGCCGCACUGACUUAUGAGACGGCUGCUCGCGGAAAAGAACUCGCAGAACUUGGAGCAGCGGUUGGCACACAAAUCACUUAUGAUGCUGCCGCACGUGGCAAGGAAAUGGCACAAGCGGGCGCUAAAAUGACGCAGGACGCUGCAACACGUGGCCUGGAACUUGCGAGUAUCGGCGCAGGUAUGACGCGUGAUGCUGCAGUACGUGGCAAGGAAAUGGCACAAGCGGGCGCUAAAAUGACGCAGGAUGCUGCAACACGUGGCCUGGAACUUGCGAGCAUUGGCGCGGGUAUGACGCGUGACGCUGCCUCCAAGGGGCUACAGAUUGCGGGAGGAACAAUCGACGCAGCUGCUAAAGGUGUUGUUCAUUUCUGGUAA